UUCCACUUUUCUUCACAGGAUAAUAUAAAUGUUUUUCUGAAAGCUUGUGAAAAUAUUGGAUUGAAAGAAGCUCAGCUUUUUCAUCCUGGUGAUCUUCAGGAUUUGUCCAGUCGAGUUACUGUCAAGCAAGAGGAGACCAAUAGAAGACUCAAAAACGUUUUGAUUACAUUAUACUGGCUGGGAAGGAAAGCACAAAACAAGUCUGGUUACAAUGGUCCACACCUUAACCUUAAAGCAUUUGAGAAAUUACUAGGACAAGCUCUGACCAGGGCCCUCGAAGAAUCUAGCAGUCUGAAAAGCAGUGGCAGGGACAGUGGGUACGGUGAUAUUUGGUACAUUGACCGUGGAGAAGCAUUUUCACCUUCCACUAGCCAUAAAAGAGACGAUUCUUUCGAUAGCCUGGACUCCUUUGGUUCAAGAUCCUCCACAAGCUUUUCAUCAGAUAUAACCUUGAAGGGUGGCAGUGAAGGUUGUGAAAGUGACACGGACUCUGAACUCCCUUACAAAAUGCAUGAUUCUGGCAAAGAUAACAUGUCAUAUCGCAGGAUUGCAGUGGUUGAACCAAAACCCACUACAGAGUUCAAUCGGUUCUUACCCAGCAAAACUAAACAGGCAUCAUAUAUGCCAGCACCGCUCAGGAGAAAAAGGAUAGAGAAGAAUGAGGACAACAGAAGAAGCUGGGCAAGUCCUGUCUUCACUGAGCCAGAUGGAACGUUUUCAAGUGGACGAGGAAAGAAUCCUUUAGCUUCCUGUCAGAAUAGCAGAGCAGAAUGUGGGUUUACAAAUCCAGCUUCCCUGCAGAUGAUCUAUGAGUAUGAAAGUGGCUCUGAUUCAGAAGAUGAAAGAAGAUUGCCUGACGUGGUUAUGGAUGAUUUAGCAAAACGUAGAUUCUUAAUAAAAAAGAGCUCUGUGAGUUCCGCUGCACCUGGACAUCUUUACAUCUUGCACAAGGACUCUUCUAAAUCUUGUUUGCAACAAAAUUACCCAGCUGGUCCAUUAGCUGCUGUGCUUGAACCGAUGAGCAACCAGAAGAGGCAGAGGCAUUUGGACCCUAAAGAGGAAAGCAAGCCAAAAGUUAACAUUUCUUCAAAAUUCUCCGGCUAUUCUGAUGAUGAGGAAGAAAAGGCAGUAGGCAUCCCAAACAUUGAAAAAGAUGAUCUCUAUGUUCGCAAACUGAACUCUGCAGUUUCAAACCCAAUGGUUUCUUUUGACAAGUUUCUACCUAAGUUUUGGACUCCAGAAGAAGAAUUGCAUUGGAAAAACGUUAAAAAAGGAUCCUCUUCCAAACCAUGGUAUAAGGAGCUUCAGGGAUUCAGUAGAAAGAAGUCUGAUUCUGAGGAUGAAGAUUCAGCCAAUAAACAAAGCAAUGCCAAACUGACUGCUGAUUAUGUGGGGAAAUCAUUGUCCCAAAUUGCAGAAGGGGAAAUCACAUAUGCCUCUGAUCAACCCAGUCAGUUUUCAUUACUUCAGACCCUCCAAAAAUACUCUGAUGACUACUUGUCUUCUGAAAUGAAGACCAAAAUUGAUCCUACUUCUGGCCCUAGGGUCAUAACAUGCAGAAAGAAUAUUUUUUUUACACCAGGAUGCAACCAGAGGGAAACUAUGAAUGGAGACCUAUAUCCAGACUUGGAAAAUGACGAUUUGUUUGUUCGGAAGACUGGGGCUUUCCACAUUAAUCCAAUUGCUCUCCAAGCUUUUGAAUACUUUAGAAAAUCCUCUGAGCAAGAACCUCUUCUAGAGGGUGAAAUAAUUCUGCAACCCAGAGAAGGCCAACCUGUUAUUCCAGACUUAGAAAAAGAUGACAUGACUGUUCGUAAAGUACAAACACAGAAAAAAGGGGUGCCUUUAUCAGGUGCUCCUGACAAAUACCAUCCUGCACUCUUUCCUGAUCCUUGGAGCCUCCCACCAGAAAUCCAAUCCAAAUUUCUUUGUUUACUUGACAAGACUAUCACAACAGAAGAUGAAAAAAAUGGUGGUAGAGUCUUAUCACCCUCUUUGCAGCAGAAGAAGGAUGAUAUGCUGACUCGCAAGAUUGAGUCUUGGAAAGUAGGAAGUGUUCUGCAGCCAGUCAGUUUUACUCCAGGUCCAUGCAGCGAAGAAGACUGGAAAAAAUGGGAGGCUAUCAGAGAGGCCAGCAAAGUUAGACACAAGAAACGCCAGAUGGUUGAGAGACUGUUUCAAAAGCUUUCUGAUGAGGAUGGGAGUAAGUCUUUGAAUGAUGUCAGUGUAGAUGAGGCCCAAGUGCUGCGCCAGGUUCGUUACGAAGAGCUACAGAAAAUAAAAUCCAAGCUACAGGAACAAGAUCAACAGUGGCAAGAUGAUCUAGCAAAAUGGAAAAAUCGUCGAAAAAGUUUCACUUCAGAUUUGCAAAAGAAAAAGGAGGAGAGAGAAGAAAUCGAAAGGAAAGCCUCUGAGAAUUCUGAAAUAAAUACCAAGUCACUGAAAGAAAUGCAGCAGGACAGGGAGAACAGAGAUCAAGGAUCCUACCGGGACAUCCAGCAAAAAAGUGAACGCAGGCGAAUGCAUUCAUCAGAUGAUGUAUUUAGUGAAGAAAAACAUCCUUCCAGACCAUCAGUAGCAAAAGAUUACCUUGUUGAAAAAGAUGCCUCUUACAGCUUUAAGAAGAAUGAAAAAUCAUAUGCUGCACAAAUUGACAAAGAGAAUUCUCAAAAGCCAGAGAUCUAUGCAACAGUUGAAACUCAAAUUCCAUCUAAAAGCCUAUUAGAAGAACAGAGCUCAGUCCCUUUGUCUACUUACCCUUCAGUGAAUGCACAAAUGGGGUCAGCUCAGGUUUCAGCUUCUCUCCCCAGAAAUUACCAGAAAACUGAUACCUCUAGGUUAACAUCUGUGGUUACACCAAGACCUUUUGGUGUCCACUCAAGAGGAAUCUCAUCACUUCCCAGAUCAUUUACGGUGGACGAUGUCCAGAAGUAUAAUGGAGAAGUAGAUGGAGCCAAGAGAUCUCAAAGGUUGCUCACCAGCUAUUCAUUUUCAACACUGGAAGCAGGACCACUUGUCUCUGCAGAUGAAAUGACAAGUGGUGGCAAGGAGGAAAAGGAAAGCAUUAAAAGAACAGAGUCUCCUACACUGAGAGCCUCUGCUACAUCUCAAUACCAGGAUGCAGCGGCCCCUGGUCUUAAAUCAGAGUAUUAUACUCAUCCUGACCCUAUUACAGUUGCAUCUUCUGCAGAAAUAAGAAGCCUGCCAGAGCCAGAGGUUUCAGUGUCACAGGACCUGUACAGUGAAAUGAGAAUCAGUAUAAACCAGAGACCUGGUAACAGUCGCAACUUUGGGUUCAUCACAAAUUGGAAACCUUCUGGGGUUUUUAUACAAACAAUUGAAGAAGGUAGCACUGCAGACCUUGGCCAGCUGCAAGUAGAUGAUGAAAUCAUUGCUGUUGACGGCACAAGAGUUUCACAAAUGGACCAUAAUCAGUGGGAGAAAGCCAUGGCCAAUGCACUAGAAACUGGAAACCUGGUCAUGGAUGUCAGACGAUAUGGAAAAAAUGAUUGGGGCAAAGACCAGCCUUCCCUGCCAUAUGUAAGGCAUAAAAUCCUCAAUCUCACCAGUAUGGCUACCAACAUUGUAGGUACACCUGAAAAUAAAUGGAUUGAUGCAACUUCUGGAGAUCAGAAUUCUACGAACUCUUCAAACAUAUCAGCCAAAAGAGAUUUCUCCUACAGCCUUCAAAAUUCUGAUACUGGAGGAAAAGUGAUAAAUGGAAUGCAAGCAGAUCCGAGCUCUAAUGAACAAAAAGAAUCUGAACCUAUUUCUUUGAAAAACUUAAAAAGACGGUCACAAUUUUUUGAACAAGGGUCAUCAGGUUGUUACAAUUCAUGGGUCUACCUUUGUGGAGGCUCGGAGCCUGCAGUGUCUGAUCUCCCAGUUCCAUCUAUUAAUGCUCCUAGUCGUUGGACUUGGGACCAAGAAGAAGAGAGGAAACGACAGGAAAAAUGGCAGAAAGAACAGGAACGUUUACUUCAGGAGAAAUACAAACGUGAACAGGAGAAAUUGCGGGAAGAAUGGCUACAGGCUCAGCAAGAAGCAGAAAGAGAGAGUUCCAAAUAUUUAGAUGAGGAGCCGACUGUCCUAACCUUAAACACAGUAUCGGUAACUGCACAUGCACCACCUAUUUCUAGCUGGAGAACAAACAUGGGAGAAGAUACUGAUGCUCCCGAAGGAGGCAGAAGACAUGAAUGGGAGGAACAGCAGCAGAAUGAGGAAGAGAAGGAAAUGGAAAGGCAGAGACUCCAGGAGGAAAGGAGACUUCAAGAGGAAAAAGCCCUGCAUUUGGAGCAAAAAAGGAAAGCCCAAGAACUAGAGCUUGAAAGAGAGUGGAAAGAAAAGGAACAACAGUAUGCCGAGGAGCAGAAGCGGCAGGCUGAGGCCGAGGAGCAGAAGCGGCGGGCGGAGGCUGAGGCCGAGGAGCAGAAGCGGCGGGCGGAGGCCAAGGCAGAGGAGCAGAAGCGGCGCAUGGAAAAAGAAAGGGAGAUACCAAUGCAGAUGCCCCAAUACCGAAGACAUUAUGACCAUUAUGAAAUAUCUAAAAACUUUGAAGAUCCAUCUGGCCACUUCCUUGCUGACAGAAAUAAAUCCAGAUCGACUUCAGAACUGGAUGAUUACCCCAGAAGCAGAAAUGGUACAAACAACAAAUAUUUGGAAAGGUCUUGGAAUGCCAGUGAUUCACAGAAGGGGUCUCAGAAAGAGCGUGCCCCGUCUUCAGCAGAAAUAGAGAGACAACAUAUCCUUCAGGAAAUGAGAAAGAAAACAUCACUACAUACAGACAACAGCUGGAUUAGACAGCGUAGUUCUAGUGUGCAUAAGGACCCUGUUAAUCUACACCAGAAUACAAUGAAGAGAGGUGAAUCUUUAGAUAAUCUUGAUUCCGCAAGAACAAGUUCAUGGAGACAUCCACCUUGGACGAAUCAAUCUGCCUCUUCCACAUCUUUGUCGUCUAGUCAAGAUUUUGGUCGCUCUGCUGCUCCAGUAGUGUCUACUUCGAACCGAGCUUACAUGCGUACCCCCUCCUCCAGUGUAGCACCUCCUUUAGCCAGUUCUGGAAGAUCAGCCACUUCUUCCCACACUUUCCCCUCAGCACCUUCUUCUGUACCGCGUGCUCAGUCUCCUACCUCUGCUUCCCAAUCAGGAGCUCAGCAGCGGAACAAGUCAGUCAGUGGGAAGAAAAUAUGUUCAUACUGUAAUAACGUUCUGGGCAAAGGAGCAGCCAUGAUCAUCGAAUCUCUUGGUCUUUGUUAUCAUUUACGUUGUUUUAAGUGUGCAGCUUGUGCACGUGACCUUGGGGGCUCACACUCAGGAGCUGAAGUCAGGAUCCGAAACAAUGAACUCUUCUGCAACGACUGCUAUGUCAGAUUUAAAACUGGACAGCCAACCGCCAUGUGAAGCAACCAUAAAUAUGAAACCAUUGUUGCAGAUAGAAGAGGAGGUGGUUGCUGGUGAUGUAGAUUUAUAAAUAUGUAUUUUGUUUGUGUUUUUUAAGGGUAACAUUUUUGCCUGUCUAGAUUAUGUAGAAGAUGCAUUGUAUCUUUCAUUCAACUUUAGUUAUUUAUGAGAAUGUAAUCACAAGAAGGAAAUCUCUUGGGGGAAAACGCAUUCACUUUUUGAGUUCAAUGUACUUAAAAGCACAAGGGAGAACAAACAUUUAUCAGUAAUAACUUCAAAACAUUUUUGAAGCUGAUAAUCAACUAGCAGAGUUUCCAAUGGUAUAUGAAGAGGGUAUUUUGUUUUUUAUGUUCUUAAAUGAGCACUAUUGAAAUAGUUAAUAUAAAUAUGUAUUUGUAAUUGCUGUCUUUAUUUUUGACAUAUGCUACGAACUGAAUUCUCUAGAAUAAUAUGAAGCUGCAUUAAAAUGUACACCAAAAUGUUUGCUUUCUGUAUUCUGGUUUCUAAAACUGUUUGCUUUUUGAAAAUAAAAUACAAAUAGUAAAGUAUAGUCUGUUUGCUCAGUGGUGAUGGCAAAUGUUCUGCAUAAGAACAAUGGAACCUGUUUGGAGGAAAGGGGUCUCUCUUUUCUUUAUUAUGGAAAAAUAUAACUAUCACUUUCCCCUCAAACAAGUUAAUCCAGAAAGUGGAGAUUUUUUGUUGUUGUUGAAUUCCAGUAUAUUUGUAAAUAAAUGUUCUGAUGCUGCAUUUAUUAGGUAUUUCCUUCUCUUUCCUGCCUUUCAAAAUAUCCAGGGCCAUGAAUGGUGCAUAGGGUGAAUUUGCUAAACAAUAAAUAUGGUUGUUUGAAUUUU